UAAAGCUCAUACCCAUGCAACUUCGAUAACUGUUUCUUCUUUUCUUUAUUCUUGAUCUCCUUAUCUAAAAAAUGUCACCAAAUGCCAUUAGCGAACCCACGUUUGACGCCCAUAAGAGGGCAUAUGUUACUUUCUUGGCUGGGAAUGGUGAUUAUGUGAAAGGUGUUGUGGGUUUAGCCAAGGGUCUAAGGAAAGCGAAAUCUUCAUACCCUCUUAUGGUGGCUAUUUUACCUGAUGUGCCUGAGGAGCACCGCAAAAUUCUAGAAUCUCAGGGCUGUAUCGUCCGUGAGAUUGAGCCAGUGUAUCCACCAGAAAACCAGACUCAAUUUGCCAUGGCUUAUUAUGUGAUUAACUACUCUAAACUUCGUAUUUGGGAGUUUGUGGACUAUGAGAAGAUGAUAUACCUUGAUGGUGAUAUUCAAGUCUUUGACAACAUUGAUCAUCUUUUUGAUGAGCCGAAUGGAUAUUUCUAUGCUGUGAUGGACUGUUUCUGUGAGAAGACAUGGAGUACCACCCCUCAGUAUCAGAUUGGAUACUGCCAGCAAUGCCCUGGAAAAGUUUAGUGGCCUAAGGGGGAGGGCUCCCCUCCUCCUCUAUACUUUAAUGCUGGCAUGUUUGUCUUUGAGCCUAAGCUUUUAACUUACUUUGAUCUCUUGGAGACCCUCAAAGUCACCCCUCCUACUUCAUUUGCUGAGCAGGAUUUUCUGAACAUGUUCUUCAGGGAUGUGUACAAGCCUAUCCCUCCUGUGUACAACCUUGUCUCGGCGAUGCUGUGGCGCCAUCCUGAGAAUUUCGAGAUUGACAAAGUGAAGGUCGUCCAUUAUUGUGCUGCGGGAGCAAAGCCAUGGAGGUAUACUGGCAAGGAAGAAAACAUGGAUAGAGAGGACAUCCAGUUUUUGGUGAAGAAGUGGUGGGAAAUAUACGAGGAUGAGUCAUUGGAUUACAAGAAUAUUAGUGUGCCUGUUGAUCAAGAAAAACUUGGACCCCUAAUAGCGGCAUUGACUGACGAUGGAGUGAUUAACCAUAGAAAUCUACCAUCGGCAGCAUAAUCUCGUAUACCUCUAGUGUGUCUGGAGCAUUAUUUUUUAGCCUUAUAUAAAUAUUAUAUUUUAGGGCAUUUAUUUACUAGCCCUAGAUGCUUUUUCAGUCUUGACCGUGAUCACUGAUCAAGUAAUUAAAGAAUAUAUGCAUGUGUGUUAAUUAAGCACCUUUGACAUCUACAAAGUUGGAAAACUAAGAAUAAAGAGAAUAUAUUAAGGCUAUA